AACCUGAAAACAUGAGUAAACCUCAAUGGAUGACAAGGAACCAAAUGAACCAUCAAAUAUGGACACCAUCCAUUCAAUAUUAUAAAGACCAACUCUUUGACGAGUAUAUACCACAAUAUCUCGAAGAAUGGACCAAUUGUGGAAAGAUCACCAACAAUCUAUUCCAACAACAAUUUCCAAAUAAAGAAAUUCCAAAUGAAUACAAAACACCAUAUGACAGUGACAAACAAGAGAUUACGGCAGAAAAGCCUAAUCACCUGUGA